UGUCCAUUGUUGGGGGAAACAGAACGCGAGUUGAGAUUGAUAUACGGGGGCCGCAGACGAGUUGCGCAUAUCAUCAGUGGAGCAGCUGCAGUGCAGGCGGCAGAAGCCAACGAGUCCUGAACGCAUCCUUCCUAGACAUGGGUUGCUAUGACUGCUGUAUGCGCUGUUUGGGAGGUGUGCCAUACUGCUCCCUGGUCGCCACACUGCUGUGCUUCUCUGGCAUUGCCCUCUUCUGUGGCUGUGGGCACCAGGCGCUCACAGAGACGGAGAGACUCAUCGAGACUUACUUUGCCCGUAACCUUCAGGACUACAUCACCCUCGCCUACAUCAUUCAAUAUUUCCAGUAUGUCAUCUAUGGUUUGGCCUCCUUUUUCUUCCUCUACUGCAUCAUGCUGCUGGCUGAGGGCUUCUACACCACAAGCGCUGCCAAGCAAACCUUUGGAGAGUUCAGGAGCACCAUGUGCGGCCGCUGCCUCAGCUCCUCGUUUAUAGUGAUGACAUAUGCACUCGCGGUCCUAUGGCUGCUGGUGUUUGCCUUUUCGGCCUUGCCUGUCUACUUCUUCUACAACAUGGAUGCAACAUGCCACACUAUUGAUGUUCUGACCGAGACUCCAGCAAGCAUCAACCAGCUCUGUGUUGAUGCAAGGCAAUACGGGCUCUUGCCGUGGAACGCGGUACCAGGGAAAGCUUGUGGUAUGACCCUGUCUAGUGUUUGCAAGACAAGAGAGUAUCGGAUGACCUAUGACCUCUACAUUGCUGCCUUCGCCGGCGCGGGCAUCACUCUCUUGGCUCUGCUGACCUAUACUGUGUCAACCACCUAUAACUUUGCGGUUCUGCGGUAUCUGGGGAGAAAGGGCAUAGGUGCACGGUGUUAGGCACCCCAGCUUCCUGUCUACUGUCUCUACUUUACCACCACCAAGGGGAUCUAAAGGGAUGGCAGCAGUUCUCUCCUUCGAUGUCGUAUGCACAGAGCCGCAUGUGGUCAUGGACUUCUAAAUCUUGAGUUUAUAUUUUUACUUUCCUUGAUAUAAGGAUGUUAUUGCUUUUCCCUUUUCUCUCUGUUUUUUGAGUGUAUUUGAUGCUUUGACUUAGACUCUUAUUUCAGUGUUUUCACUGUCACAUCACCAAAAUAUUUGUAAAUUGUUGCUUAUGCUGCUUGCUGAGGUUAGUGUCUAACAUUCAUUUGUGCCUCCCACUGCACUAAAAGGACAAAUAAUGCUGCUAAUGCAUUAACAUAUGUAAGAAGUGACCACUAAUUUGCAGCAUGUGCAGGUAGAAUGCAGCUGUUACAGAGAAUAGGGAUUAGAGGUUACCAUGGCUACCACCCCUCACAUCUGGUUGCUGUGGUGGCAGACAAGCAUGCAUUUGCAGUCUCACACUGACCUCAGGACUUUUCUCACGCGCUGGAGAAAAGCCUUAACAAUGGAGUCAUGCCUGUUUGGAAAGCUAGCCAAUAAGGAGCCAGUUCUGGGGGCCACCUGCACUAUGAGUCUCUGCCAAGGGUUAUAUUACAUGUCAAGGGAGAGGGCCCUCUGGACAAAGACAGGGUCAGACCUCUCUAAAGCCUCAAUGCAGCUCUUCUGGGACCACAGCCACACACAGAACACAUCCACACGCUGCUGCAUGACCUCCACCUCCCCCCUGAAUAAUGGAAAUGAUGGAUUCAGAGUGAAAAGACUAAAGGAAUUUCAUGUUAUUCUGAAUAGUUUCUUACUGACAAAGAGACAUUUUUGUUUAGAUCUAGUGAGGUCUGAAAUUGUUUCUCAUAACUUUGAGAAGUCAAAAGCACUACGUGCUUACUUAUCAAAGUAACUUUAUAAUAUUAGACCAAAAACACAUAUUUGUGGUGUGAUAGCCCCUGCUGUUAAUACUCAACUCUAGUGCUUUUAUAGAGGAAGGACAGCUUUGAUUUGCUUCUAAUUCUUUAGGAAUUUUGUUGUAGUUAUUGUAUAACACUUUCCUUUUGUUAGUUUUUUUGUUGUUUUUAUUUUUUACUUAUUUUAGCUGAAUUUACUAAAAAUGUUAAUUUUCAGUAUUACUAACAAAACCUUUUGCAAGAUAAAAAGUAGAUUAUGCUGUUUGCGUGUGGAUUUGUCAAAUCGCAGCAGGCUGGUUGAUGAUUUUUGUCUUGGUAAUAUUUCAUAAUAAAAAAAGAAUGCUUUGAAAUA